GUGGUGAGCCUGAGGCGAACAAUGGCGGAGUUGGGUGAAGCCGAUGAAGCGGAGUUGCAGCGUCUGGUGGCAGCCGAGCAGCAGAAGGCGCAGUUUACUGCACAGGCCACUAAGCUCUUGGUGCAUCACUUCAUGGAGUUAUAUUGGGAUAAAUGUGUGGAGAAGCCAGGGAAUCGCCUAGACUCUCGCACUGAAAAUUGUCUCUCCAGCUGUGUAGACCGCUUCAUUGACACCACUCUUGCCAUCACCAGUCGGUUUGCCCAGAUUGUACAGAAAGGAGGGCAGUAGGCCAUCCCCCAGGAGAAUGACAGAAGCAAAGGACUUGUUAUUAAGCAGACUUAAGGGCCAGUGGGGGAAGGCUGUCAACCCAUUGUCAGAUCAGCAUCAGGCUGUUAUCAAGUCUGUUGGUGCUAAAAAGUAAAAGAUGAAAUGUUCAAAAAAAAAAAAAAAAAAAGAAAA